CUAUUGAUGACCAGGAAGCAGUAAAUAUGUUCAAUCAAGAAUGCGGGGCCCAUCCGAACCUAAUAUCAUUGUCUGAAGAGAGAGUCGUGGGAGGCACAAAGGCUGAGGAAGGAGACUGGCCAUGGCAAGUCAGUCUACAGCUGAAUGGCGUGCACCACUGUGGCGGCGUCCUGAUCAGUAAGACAUGGAUCCUGACAGCAGCUCACUGCUUCAGAAGCUACUCUGAUCCUCGUAGAUGGACUGUCACCUUUGGUAUUUCCACAGCAUUUCCUGUAAUGAGAAAAGCAGUAAAUACUAUUUUGAUCCAUAACAAUUAUAACUCUGCAACUCAUGAAAAUGAUAUUGCACUUGUGAAGCUUGCAGAAGGUGUCACCUUUACCAAAAAUAUCCAUACGGUAUGUCUCCCAGAGGCUACCCAGAAUAUUGUACCUGGUUCCACUGCUUAUGUAACAGGAUGGGGAUCACGAGCAUAUGACAGCAACCCAGUUCCAGAACUAGAACAAGGACAGGUCAACAUAAUAAGUAAUAGUGUAUGUAAUGCACCGACUAGUUACGAUGGAGCAGUCUUGUCUUCAAUGCUAUGUGCUGGACUGGCUCAAGGUGGAGUGGAUGCAUGCCGGGGUGAUUCUGGUGGCCCGCUGGUACAACAGGACACACGGCGGCUCUGGUUCCUCGUGGGGAUAGUGAGCUGGGGGGAACAAUGUGGUCUGGCAGAUAAGCCAGGAGUGUACACUCGUGUGACAGCCUACCGUGACUGGAUAGCUGAGCAAACUGGGAUCUAGUGCAAUAAGUGCCUCUCUGUUGCAAAGUCUGUAUGCGGGUAUGCCGGUCUAAAACUCUACGACUACUUUUCAACUGCAAAAUAAACUGCAAGUUCCCUAUUUAAUACCCUUUACAUAAAUAUGGUUUCACCAGCAAUUUUAUCUUUCUGUAUUACUAUGGAUUUCAUAUUUUCCUCAAGAAAACCAUAUGAACAUUGCACAGUACUGUGGCAGCAUGCCAGGCAGAGGUAAGAGAUGUAUUACAGUUGUGGUAACUGCUAGUAGUGAGGAAAUUGGGUCUUCAGGAGGAGAUAAGAGGAACCCAGACACAUCUGCAGCAUCAAAAGCCUCUUCUCUAAGAAGUUUCACUGAAGCUGAUACGUAGGCAGAGUAUCAAAACGUGCAAAAAGAAGUGGUGGAAUAGCAUUCAAGGCAGAAAGAACAACAUGAGGCAAGAAAAGAUACUAUUUA